AUGGCGGACAAUGCAACUGGCUCUGAAGAAACAUGGAUUCCGGCUUCAAGACGGCCUGACGGUACAUGGCGAAAAGCUCGACGAGUAAAGGAAGGUUAUGUACCACCUGAUGAAGUGGCAAAAUACGAAAGUAAAGGAAAACAGUGGGCAGAUAGUAUUCCGAAACUACCGCCAGGAGUUCACGAAGAGCAAACACCGCUCUCGAAAAAUCAGAAAAAGAGAAAGAACAAAAAGAAAGAUGUAGGUGAUAACCAGAAAUGUGACGUUUCCAGUGUGACAGAGAAAAUUCAAAGUGUUCAACUUUCGAAUACUGUGGCCAGUACUGCGGCAGGAACGGUUUACACGAGCAACCCGGACGAUUUAAAAGUAAAACGGUUAAAAAAUCUGCGGAAAAAAUUACGGCAGAUCGAAGAACUGCAAGCUAAGAUUGACUCUGGAGAACUAGUUAACCCAGAAGCUACUCAGUUAGAGAAGCUAUCCAGAAGAGAAGAAGUAGAACAGGAACUUGAACAGCUUGAAGCUGAAAUGUGA